AUGCGCAGCAAGUUCAAGGACGAGCACCCCUUUGAGAAGCGCAAGGCCGAGGCCGAGCGCAUCCGCCAGAAAUACGCCGAUCGCAUUCCUGUCAUUUGCGAAAAGGUCGAGAAAAGCGAUAUUGCCACCAUCGACAAGAAGAAGUACCUCGUACCUUCGGAUCUUACCGUUGGCCAGUUUGUCUAUGUCAUCCGCAAGCGCAUCAAGCUGUCUCCUGAGAAGGCCAUCUUCAUCUUCGUCGACGAGGUUCUUCCUCCCACGGCAGCUUUAAUGAGCAGCAUCUACGAGGAGCACAAGGAUGAGGACGGCUUUCUCUACAUUACCUACUCCGGCGAGAACACCUUCGGCAGCGCGUGA